AAGAAACUUUUGUAAAUUAAUAUCUCUAUAAAUUAAUAAAAUUUCAAAGUCCCAACAUUAUUAAUUUAUAGAGGUUUUAUUACUGUAUAUAACGAGGCACUUUUGCCUCUCCUAAGGCUAUCUAGUAAGCAUUUCAUAAAGACUGUGGGGCCCAUUUAAUGUCCGGUUUACUCUGUUUGAUUGGGUAAUAAAUUUGGUCUGAUUUGAUUAUUUGGUUUGGUAAAAUAGUCAAACUCUGCGUUUUAGGCAUCACAUGCGUAGGGCUUCUUUGUUGUCCUCUCUUCCAGAGCUUUAUCUCGCCGUCUACGGUUUUCGUAGCCUCAUCUCUUCACCUACCCUUUCGUUAUCUUUUGGAUUUUUAAUGUAAAAGCCCCCCCAAUUAAUUUUGUUUCGGUUACAAACCCCUCAACUAAUAAUUCAACGAAUAAAACCCUCAAGUGACUUUUCCUUAAUGUAUUGAACCCUCCGUUAUUUGUCCGUCAUAAUCAAACGCAGCGUAUUUCAAAAAGUGCAAAACAACACGAUUUGUUGAUAAACAAAACAACAUAGUGUUUAAUUAAAUGUCAUGUAGUUUUACCCUUUCAACUUGAAAAUCAAGUUACGUAAAAAUCCCCAAAGUCGACAUAGCUUAGAAUGGUGAACCCUAAUUUUCAAAAGAUAAGGGUUUUGAGAUUCCUUUGGUUCUUGUGAGAACUUGAGAGAGACUGAGUUGGAGUGGGGGUGAGUUUGAAUCUGGUGCGAGAGUUGAAAACGAGAAGCUUAGUUCAUGUGGGUUUGAAAACGAGAAGUGAAAGUGAAAGAGUUGAUUCAAGAGUCCCUGGAAGAUGAGCAGAAAAAUUCAUAUUCGUUUACACGUCGGAGGAUACUGGGCAGCAGAUGGAACAUAUAAUGGUGGUGAAACAAGAUGUUGUAGGAUUGAUUUUGAGAAACCGACUUUUAGAAUGCUUGAAAGUAUGAUCGCUAGUGGCGGCUUUCCGGAGAACAUAAAUAAAUUCUCUUAUUUCCAGUCUGGAAUAGUAGAUCAGAGUAAGAAGGAUGUCUGUUGUGAUAUAGAUGUGGUGGAGAUGGUAAACACCACAACUGAACUGGAAAGCCUCAAUCUUUUUGUUGUAAGAGCUGAUGAUCCUUAUCUCGAUGAUGUUCUCACUGGAGGAGACGAAGAGGAAGAAGAACCAAAGAGUGAUGAUGAAUGCACUGACUUUUACAAGGAUGAUUAUGUUGAAAGUGAAGACUCAGAUGAUGAUGAAGGUAAAGUUGAGUUUAGAGUUGGCCAAGAAUUUAUUUCACAAGCUAAGUGUAGAGAGGCAAUAGAAAAGUAUGCAGUGAAAGAGAGGGUUAAUAUUCGUUUUCAGAGAUCAGAGAGGAAGAAAGUAGCAGCAGAGUGUGUAGCUGACGGAUGCUCGUGGAGGCUAUAUGCAUCGAUCAAUAGUAGGUCACCUAAUAUGGUUGUUAGAUCGUACAGAGGUACUCAUUCUUGCUACCCUACCGGAAAUGUUACUCUCUACACUGCUGCAAAGAUAGCUGCUGAUUUUCUAAACGAGUUUAGGACAAACCCGAACCUCAAAGCUGACCAAAUAAUGCAGCGGCUGGCUCUUAACGGUCUUCGUGUUCCUAAGACAAAAUGUCAGAGUGCAAGGCAGAUGAUGUUGCACAUUAUCAGUGAUGAGUAUGCUGAGCAGUUUACAAGGAUAUAUGACUAUGUCGAAGAACUCAAGAAGACAAAUCCUGGCUCGACAGUAAUAUUAGGUACAAAAGAGAGAGUUUUUGAGAAGUUUUAUACCUGUUUCGAGUCUCAAAAAAUUGGUUGGAAGAGUGCUUGUCGGCGUAUCAUUCACUUGGAUGGGACAUUCUUAAAAGGGCGAAUGAAAGGCCAAUUACUGACUGCAGUAGGAAGGGAUCCGAAUGACCAAAUGUUCAUUAUUGCUUGGGCUCUUGUUCCUGUCGAAAACAAGGUGUAUUGGGAGUGGUUCAUGGAGUUAUUGCGAGAAGACUUAGGUUUAGAACUUGGUAAUGGUUUGGCAUUAUCUUCAGACCAGCAAAAAGGUUUGAUUUAUGCCAUCAAAAACGUGCUUCCUUAUGCGGAGCAUAGAAUGUGUGCGAGGCAUAUCUAUGCCAACUUGAAGAAAAGGCACGGCUCAGAUGAUCCUCUACAUAAGAUAUUUUGGAAGUGUGCAAGAGCUUACAAUAAGCAUGUAUUUGAGAGAAAUCUAGAGAAGAUGAAAACCGUUAAAAUUGAUGCUUAUGAGGAAGUGAAAAAGAGCGUGAAUUCAAACUGGUCUAGGGCGUUUUUCAGUGACGUUACAAAGUCUCCAGCUGUUGAAAAUAAUAUUAGCGAGUCUUACAAUGGUAUCUUGAAAGAAGCUCGUCGAAAACCAAUCAUUGCAUUGCUUGAAGACAUUAGGAGGCAUAUUUUGUCAAGCAACAAUGUGAAGAUCAAGGAGAUACAUAAUGCUAAAGGCUUAAUCACACCAAAAGCGUUAGCUAUCAUAGAGAAGCGCAAGAGGAGCCUGAAGUGGUGUCAUCCAUAUUCAAAUGGUAGAGGCAUCUACGAGGUUGAUCAUGGAAGAAACAAGUAUGUUGUGCGAGUAAGAAACAGUGUUUCCUGCACUUGUCGAGCCUAUGACGUAAGUGGUAUUCCUUGCUGCCACAUAAUGUCAGCAAUGUACGCUGAAUUCAAAGACACAAAGUUGCCAGAGACUGUGGUGUCGGAUUGGUAUUCUAUUGAGAAGUGGAAGCUCUGUUAUAGCUCACUUAUUUUUCCUGUCAAUGGCAUGGAGUUAUGGGAUACACAUUCUGAUGUAGUUGUCAUGCCUCCUCCCGAUAGAAUCAUGCCGGGCAGACCAAAAAAGAAUGACAGAAUCCGUGAUCCGAGUGAAAAAGACCGUUGUGAAGCAAGUCAAAUUCAAAAUGAAAUUCUUGAGCCAACAGAAAAGAUUGUUGUGAAAUGUUCUAAAUUGUGGAGUUCCCGGACAUAAUAAAAGAACGUGCAAGGAAGCACCAGUCAAUCCGCCUAACCCACCAAAACCAGCUCCAGAAUUUCCUUCCUUUCAUGCCAAUGUUAUAAUGACAUGUAGUUACUGUCGUCAAACUGGACACAACAAGCGAAAAUGUAAAUUACCCUCGGCGUCUAAGCCCCCUCACAUGCCAAAAGGAAGACCAUCCAAGAUACCGAAGACCUCUACGCCAUCUUCUGAAGUAAGCCCAACUGAAGAGUCUUGAUGAAUUACCUUAUUUUGAUGUUGUUAUUUAGGAUUAUCUCAGCUUAAGGAUACAAUGUUUUGGUUUUCAUUUUUCACGGCUUAAGGUCUUAAAACCAUAUUUUGGUGUUUUAAAUUACUUCUGGUUGUUGCUCCAAAAAAAACUUCUGGUUGUUGCUCAAAAACACAACUUCUGGUGUUACUCUUCUCUUCACUUGUUAUAAGCUUCAUGUGUAUGUUAAAUUUCCAAGUUUGUGUGUAUUUCUGAUAAUAACUUAUAAAUGACAACGAACAACAACAAUAAGACCAAAAGAAACCACAACACUUCUAAAACUAUGUUUAGUCAAGUAUUGUUGAACCUAUAUAAAGUGUGUGUUGUCUUAAUAAAAUAAUAAGUUUCAGUAUUACUCUGUUUUAUCAUUCUAGAAACAGAGCAUCGAUUACAAACGUAAUCUGCAGUCUUUAUAUUUCACAAAAACCUUUGUGUGUCUUGUUCAAAAAGAAACAUUUUUUUUCUAACAGAUAGAACUUUCUUCCCGGAUUCUCCUUUGUUUCUGAUGUUAACAUAUUGUCGCUGAUCAACAUUGACACGUCCUGUGUUAAAACAUAAUUGCCACAAUCGAACAUAAGAACCGACAUAGCAUCUUACCUGAACGAAGAAGAAAAAUAAUGGAGAAAUAUUGGAGAGAACUAACUACCAAGAACUCUAAUAUUUACGAUCUGGGGAUUUUGGAACGAGAAGGAGAACAAGAAAGCUGUGACGUUUUUUUUCUUCAUAAAACCGCUGCGUUUUGCACUUAACGACAAUUCACUGUUUUUAACAUUAUUGUAGACGGAGGGGUCGAAUCGUUAAGGAAAGUAACUUGAAGGGCUUAUUCAUUGAAUUAUUAAUUGAGGGGCUUUCACCCGAAAUAAACUUAAUUGGGGGUUUUUUACAUUAAAAAUAAUUAUCUUUUCACCUUCUCUGUUAUUCAAUGUUUUUUGUUUAAUUCUGCCACAAUCUUUUAUCCCAUUUGAUCCAGAUUCCAUGUCGACUUAUCAGUUUCCUUCAUCUCAAAUCUGUAAAUAUGAUUAGGUUGAGAGUGCGAUGGAUGUUCAUCACCUCUUUCAGUUUAUCAUUUUCUUAAGCAUAGAAAGAUUCUCAAAAAUGUUUUCCUCCGAGUCUGACGCUCUUCGCCUUGGAAGAUUUGGCCAGUUCAAUGUUGUCUGUCUGCUCCGUUUUCAAAGGCAGUGGAUCUCGAGGACCUACGAAUGUUGGUCGCCAUGUUUCUCCUCGGGUUCAAGGUUUUGAUUCAGUCCCAUCAAUGUGGGAUUAGUUUGCUUGCUCUUCCUCCUCUUCUGGAAAGGGAUUGAUACACCCUUACAGGUGUAUUAUUCGAAGAAGAAGCAAGGGAAAAGAAUCAUGGAAGUGGGAGAGACUUCUGAUACUUGAGGAAGAAGUUAAAUGAAGAAGCAAAGACUUGGAGUCAUCUAGAGUCUUUGGCAGUUAUGGUUGUUAGGCUUUAUAUUCUUUAUGUUAUUCAUUUGUAUGUUUUUAUCCGUUGUGAUCAGAAAGUAGCAGAGAGAGUCUUAGACUUGAGGCGAUUCUCAUAGUGAGAGAUCGUGAGUUGAGAAUCGAGAUCGAUUGAUCGAGAUUCUCACUUCUUUGCUAUUUCGUGUGUAAUCGGAGUACUGUAAAUACUUGGAAUAUUCCUUAUCUUAA